UUCUUGACUCGUUUUACAAAUUAAAUUGAAAUUAAUCAUUAUCAUGAAGUAAUAGUGGAAAUUAUUUAGACAAAUCAGAUAUAAGAAAUUCUUAAUCACGUCAUAAUGAAACUCAUUAUAAUUUUAUCAAUUCUGGUAAUCAGUCAAGCUGCUGUUAUAAAAGAAGACGGAAAUGAAAAUAAUUGUGGCGGAGUCGAAAUAAAUGGCGUGCAUCAUAGGGAAGAAGUUCUGAAGGAGAACAUGGAUAGACCUUAUCUGUUAACCGUGGAUCGUAGCAAAGACGUUCUAUAUUUUAGUUACAAUGUCGUCGAAAACUCAGACAACUUUAUAUCUGCGAGGUUAAAUCUCAAAACUGAAGAAUUUAAAACAAUAGAUGAUGUACCUAACGGCUUUGCACAAACUGUUGAUGAAGCAACUAACGACGUCUACAUCGGUGGCAGCGACGGACUUUACAAAUACGAUUACAGCACACACAAAUCAGAGGCAAUCGGAGAAAAAGGCAGUGAUAUUUGGAAUGUGUUUUUCAAAGACGUCUUGUACUUUUCAGUGUUUCCAUCACAGUUUCUGUAUACGCUAUCCUACGGUGAGGUGUCUAGGUUUAAAGAUUUGCAAGAUACUAAAGUGGACCACUUCGUUAUAGACUCCAAUGAUGUCAUGUAUUUCACUAACGCUACAGGCUUUUACGGACAGAGAAAAGGUACGUCAACAGCAACUGUUUAUAAAGAACAAGAAAGAACAGAUAAUGGUAUAAGAGGAAUUGCUAUUGAUACACGAGGGAAAGUACAUAUUUGUUUGCAAACUGGUAUUUUUGUUUUGAAUACAGAUACUAAUUCCUUGGAUAGUGUUUUGCAAAUUGAUGAUGCAUUUGGUCUAGCGUUUGACAGUAGUAAUAACAUAAUAUAUUCUGAUGCCACAAGAUUAGUGAGACUGAUUCCGGAAAAUUCUUGUUAAUCACGAAUAAUUAUUGUGAGGCUCUGACAAUUAAAUUAUCAUUUAAGAACAGUGUACAGAUAGUAAGUUGGAUUAAAUGUAACUACAGCAAAAUUCACGAGGACCUUAAAUUAGUACCGAAUGUACAGCCAAUUUCUUUACGUACCUACUAUAAUAAUAAAGCAUAUAUAAAUUAAUUUAUAGCCGUGAGAAGAAGCAAGCAAGAUGAAAUAAGAUUUGCGAUUAACCAUAGUUUAUUUUUUUAUAUGUUCUUUUCAGCAAUAGGACGUAUCAAGAUUGUUUAAUUUUAUUUUAUGUAUGAAAAAGAUUAUGAUGUCAAAAUGGUUUAACUAGACACGAAAAAUUAAGACUUGGGUGUUGCUUUGUAUCGAAUGUAUAUUCUUCAGCCUUGUAUUCUAUAAGUUUGUAACAAGCUUUUGCUUAAUGAAUUUAGCAGGGAGCUUGGUAGUGGAGCUGAUAUCUUGGCUGAUAUUUAGCUUGGUUCUCCAGAACUAAGCUCCCGAUGGAAUCAAUUGUUGUUAAGCUUAUUAGGUAAUAAAUUGUAUUUUAAAUAAACUUUAAAUUUUC